AUGACAACAGAAACUAAUACAGAUAAGAAAGAUGAUAAUCCAAUCUAUAAUAAUGCUAAUGGAAAAAUUCAUGAUGAAGAAAAAAAUAUUGAACCAACAUUUUUGGAUGAUGACCUUGAAUUGAUCUCAGCUGCCGUUAAUACAAAUGAUGAUCCAACCUUACCAUGUUUGACUUUUCGAUUUUGGCUGCUAAGUACUUGCAUAAUUAUUGUGCGUCGAUUCACAGGUCCUUUCAAUUAUAAGGAACACGCAUGCAUAUUAGUUGCGGUUGGCUCAGGUGGUUUGAGUGCAUAUGCUGUGGACAUUAUCUCAGUCCAAGAAUUAUUUUAUAACACUCGAGUCAAUUUCUUAACUGGUUUUCUGUUACUGAUUAGCACACAAAUGAUUGGAUAUGGACUUACUGGCUUUGUUCGAAAAUGUGCUGGUGUUCUUAAUUUCUCCUUUGAUUGGAAUGCUAUUGGUUCAAGUGCUCUGGUUACUCCAUGUGAUGCCAAAAAAUUUCCAUUUAUAUCGCCUCUUUCAUUCGAUAAAGACGGAAACAUAGUCAUUGAUCCAAUAACUGGUGCACUCAAUGUUACUGCAUACGAAAAUUAUAGUCCUGUAUAUAUUACUGCCACACUGGCUAAUUUUUACGGCAUGAGUUUCAUGAUAAUUCCCGCCACCAUUUGUCAUGUGAUACUAUUUUACGGGAAAGAACUAUGGAAUCAAUACAAAAAAACUCGUGAAGAGGAGAAUUCUGAUAUUCACUGCAAAAUGAUGGAUGUUUAUCCAGAAGUACCACAUUAUUGGUAUACUUCUAUUUUUGUUGUCAUGUUAAUAAUCGCACUUAUCCUCUGCUAUACAACUGGGGCGAAUUUACCUUGGUGGGGAUUAUUGUUAGCUGUUGCUAUUUCUGCGUUUAUGAUACUUCCAGUUGGAGUUAUUCAGGCCAUUUCAAAUCAGGGAAUUGGUUUAAACGUUAUAGCCGAAUUGCUGUGCGGUUUUAUUUUACCAGGUCGUCCCAUUGCAAAUGUAUAUUUUAAAACGUAUUCAACUAUUACUUUAUUUCAAUGUUUGUCAUUUGUUGAAGAUUUAAAAUUGGGCCAUUAUCUGAAAAUUCCUCCAAGAAGCAUGUUCAUAUCACAAAUAUGGGGUACAUUUGUUGGCAUAAUUGUAAACUAUUGGACGUUGAAUGUUUUAAUUAAUACGAAAAGACCUUACCUUGAUGGUACAGAAGCUGAUCCAAGCGGUCAAUGGGCUGGCCUAGGUUCGGAAGCCUUCAAUACCGCAUCUAUAAUAUGGGGAUUGAUUGGACCGGCAAGGACUUUCGGGCCUGACUCAAUGUAUAAUAUACUCCUUUGGGGUUUCCUAAUUGGUGGCUUUUUACCAAUACCAUUUUAUUUCCUUCAUAAAAGAUUUCCAAAGUCAAAAUUUAAUCUCAUAAAUAUGCCUAUAAUAUUACAAGGUCUAUGUGGUUUAGUCACAGGUUAUCCAAAUUUUAUAGUCUCUGGGUUCAUUGCUGGUUUUAUAAGUCAAUUUUAUACACGUCGUUAUAGAAAAGGGUGGUGGAUGAAGUAUAAUUAUGUAAUGGCUGCAGCAUUUGAUAGUGGUGCACAAAUUAUGACAAUGGUACAAUUUCCAACUUGGUGGGGUAAUGAUCCAUCGACUCAAAAUGAGCAUUGCUUUCCUAUAGAUA